CCGUCCUCGUCGUCUUUUCCUUGACGAGCCAUUGAGCGCUCGCUGCUGUAUUGAAGCCUCUCUGGAGCGGAAUAUCAGCCAGCGUCUGUCGCUCGGUCUUGGUCGACGCUUUGUAUGCCACCUGUAGGGCCACGUCCGACCAAACUUCCACCAUCUGCCCGGGCUUUACUAUGACUUAUUGCUACGUGCUCUCCUCAAACUUAGCACCAUUUCUCUGUGCGCUACCGCCGGAUCAUUAGCAUAAGGAGCCAAGUCGAAGGACACCAAAUAAACCACCAUCGAGACGCACUACCGUCAUGUCGACCCCGCUACCUCGUCUAACGCUGAAAGACACCAGAACCGACGACUCGCCGGGGCACACCCAGCUCUUCCUCGUCCUCUAUCCCUGGACGGCGCACAAAGACCGGUACUGCUUCCUCAUCAUCCCCAACAGCCACGACCAAACCUCCGGCACGAUCUGCUACCCCUCUCACCCCUCCUCCGCCUCCACCCCCGACACCGGCGUCAAACACGACAAAUUCCGCGCCGUCGCCACCUCCGCCUGGGUCCGCGAGGAGCUCCUCCCCGCCUCGAACCAACCCCACCAACCCGGCACCCUCCGCCGCCGCAUCCUCGACAUCCCCGUGCGCGGCCUGCGCGAGAACCGCGGCGCGGCCUGGGCGCUCUCCACCCUCCGCGCCCUCGGCUCGCCCUCCCUCGCCCAGCACGCCGCCGACAGCCUGCUCGCGCGCUGCGUGCACGACAGCGGCAUGCACGCCCUCCUCGCCGCCGCCUGGCUCGAGGUCCUCGAAACGACGCGCGUCCCCGCCGACGCCGAGGGCACGCGAGGGUCCGGCACGCGCUCGACCGCGCUCGAGCCCCAGGGCCGGUUCGUCGAGACGCCGUGGUCGGCGGACGAACUCGUGUGGCAGGACAUCGAGCGCGAGCCGAAAAGGGUCCGCAUCGCGUCGCAGGUCGUCGGGGGCGACGUCGAGGGGGCGCAGAAUCCGCCGGACAGCCCGGCGAGCGGCGUCCAGCGCGGCCGGCCACCGCCCAUGUCGCGCACGAUUUCUAGCGGGUCGAGCAAAUUGCGGAAACGUUCGCGGAGCAGAACACGAGGAUGAAUCUCUCGAUCCAACUGUCAAUUCAUCACGCAGCGUAUCCAUUGUUGCUUGCUGCUACUGUAUCUGUACUCACUGUUGCCGGGAUAAUGACCAUAAGGAAGGGAACUUACCAAC